UGUAACUGAUUGCACAUGUCCCUGAUUCUUUCAUCACAGGCAUGCAUCUGUUUCGCUGACAAAUUUCACAUUCACUUCAUGUCGCAUGAAUUUUCUGUGUUGCUUGGAAACCAAGUAAAUUCCAGGAGAUCUGUUGGAGUGACUGGCUUGAGUGCAUGGCAGGAACCAUGUCUAGCCAUACAAGCUUUUGUGAAAUGAUCGUUCCAUAGGAUUAUUGUCUCCAGGUUCUGUAAUAAACUGAUGAGUUUGGGAUUUUUCAUUUACAUGUUAACGCUAAGACGUAUGAGAUCAACCGCAAACGUGAUAGAAUCCACGUUUCUCAAAGAGGGAAGUAUUUUGGAUCCACACUGGUUCCGAGUUCAGCAGCUGAUGUCAUUUUGGUAAAACCAUGAAAAUUGCAGGAGGAAUCACCAAUGGAUGCAGUGUAACUAUCGUUGCUGGGAAGUCACAAGUGGAAUCCACAAUGUCACAAUCACGGACAAACAAUGGCGAACAAUGUGAGAGUUCCAGACAGCGGACACAGUGUGAAGAGAUUGUAUCAAACCAGACUCUGUCAACAACAGCAACAGCACAGACCCAUGACUCCGAUCUACAAGGCUCCAAUCAGAUCCUGAUGCGGGACGACAACUUUGACAGCACAUCCAACCUGCCCCAGUCAGACACUGACCUUGACCCUCAGGAGAGGGAACAGGAAGAGGAGGCCAAGGGGAAAUGGGACAAGAAGAUCGAGUACCUCCUCGUCUGCAGCAGUUUCGUGGUGGGGAUUCCCAACCUGCUCCAGUUCCCCGCCAUGACAGCAAAACAUGGGGGUGGGGCUUUCUACUUUGUGUAUAUAAUUGUAUCAUGCUUCCUGGGAGUGCCUUUACUGUACAUGGAGAUGAGCCUUGGACAGUUUGCUCGACGAGGCCCCAUCUCAGCCUGUAGGAUUAUGCCUGUAGCUCAAGGGAUGGGCUACAGCAUGGUCCUGGUAUCGACGUUAUUCGCACUGUACAAUAACACGUAUAUCGCCUGGAUCCUCUACUAUUGGUUCUCAUCUAUGAACAGCCUUCUACCCUGGCAUGCUGAUCUCACAGAUAUUUCCUCGAAGGCCUCUGAUACUCUACUGGAAACACUACCUGAUGUGGUGGAAAUCGGCAGGAAUCACACAGAUAUAGAAGUAGUACCUGAAAAGUUAAAAGAAGCUGAAAACUAUUUCUUUAAGGAUGUAUUAAACGUAUCAGACGGGCUCUCUGACACCGGUCAGUUGCAGCUCCACCUGGUGGUGUGCUUGUUACUUGUCUGGCUGACCGCAGCCUUCAUCAUCAUCUGGGGACCACAUUCCAUGGGCAAGGCAGCCUACAUCACAGCUAUUGCGCCGUUUGUCCUCUUGUUUACCAUGUUCAUCGCUCUGUGCCAUAUCGACGGUGCCGUCCAAGGAAUCAAAGCCUUCUUGAUGCCCAGGUGGCACAUGCUAGGUAAAAUACAGGUGUGGGCAGAUGGGUGUCGCCUUGUACUGACCACGCUAGGAUGUGGUACAGGGUGUAUCAUCACGUUAUCAGGAUACGCACAUCUCGGCAGUCAUUGCUUCAGAAACUGCUUGUGCGUGACAUUUGCCAGUAUCGCCACGACAACAGUAGCUGGUUGCUGCAUGUUCUCAUUGCUGGGUGUCUACGGUCUGUCAUCAAAUCGGCCAAUCAGCAACCUCACCCUCACAAACAUUGACUUUGGGUUUGCCAUCUUCCCAGCUGUAAGUUCAUCACUUUCGGUUGCCCCCUUGUGGUCUGUCAUCUUCUACGUCACGCUCUUCAUCGCGGGGGUCAGCACCCAGGCGGUCCUCCUCCACACCAUCCACGCCGAGGUUGUCUGGAAGCUGCAUCUCAACACGCACGUCAGACGCCUCGUCUGCCUCAUCAUUAUCUUCAUCCUCCUGUUUUCUGUCAGCCUCGUAACGGCCACACAGGCGGGCUUGUACGUAGUUCAGCUCCUGGAUAAGUAUGUGUACAAAGUGGCCAUCCCGUGCAUAUGUCUGUUGGAGACAGUUGUGACCAUGUGGCUGUAUGGAGUUCGGAGGUUCGCAACUCGUAUAUCGGACAUGACCGGCAGUGCGGAGAGCCCGUGCAUGAGGUGGAUGUGGAAGCUUGGCAUGCCCAUAUUCCUUAUGAUAGCCCUUGGCCUGUCUGUUCUGUCUGAGGAGACGGUGAGGGGGCCCCAGGGGACGGAGAACUUUCCUGUGUGGGGGCAGGCUGUGGGCUGGCUGCUCAGCUUCCUACCCCCUCUCGUCAUGGCAGGAUCUGGCAUCAUCUUCUUCGCCACCUUCAGUGGACCCUUCAGAGUGAGGUUGCACAAGUUGAAGAUCACUCCACGAGACUGGAUACCAGGUUCAGACCACACCGACCAUGAAAACACAGCAAACCUCCCAGAGUACGUGAUCUGCAGCCCCGACCGACAUCGGCCCUCAACUGCACUUGCACUGCUCACAGCCAACCUCUACCUUCCCAACAUCGCCGACAUCAUGGCAGCUGAGCGUCAACGUCGCGAUUCCACAUCAGAGCUGAGUGGCCCCGGGUACCUCUCGGAUCUGAUGACAAUCUCCAGCUCUGACGAUGAGUCCAGCGAGGAGGAAAACAAGGUUCGGGGCAACUGGAGCGGGAGGUUUGAGUUUGUCCUGUCCUGUCUUGGAUAUGUUGUUGGACUGGGAAAUGUCUGGCGGUUCCCCUACCUUGUCUACAGGAAUGGCGGCGGUGCGUUCUUCAUCCCCUAUCUGAUAAUGCUGGUGUUCUGUGGCAUCCCCCUGGUGUACAUGGAGCUGGCCUUUGGGCAGUACGCCAGUCUUGGACCCAUCACCAUAUGGAGAGCAGUGCCACUGUUUAAAGGUAUCGGGUACUCCAUGGUGAUUGUGUCCGGUGUUGUAUCUAUAUACUACAACAUGGUCAAUGCCUGGGGCUUCUACUAUUUGUUUACAUCCAUGACGUCAGAGUUGCCAUGGCGAUCCUGCAAGAACCACUGGAACACUAUAUAUUGUCAUGAAAACAAGUUUGACGUGACGAACUGUACGUCGGUGAAUAUGUCCUACGUGGAGUUGCCAGCCUUUCAAAAUGAUUCAUGUUACACUGUGUUACGGAACUGUAACAAGUUCAACGAGAGUCGGAUAGGACAAUGUGUUAGGACGUUACGUAAGAUAUUUGGUGAGGAUGUGAUCACCGAGGAACAGUACAUCAACAGGACAAGUCCUAGUGAAGAAUAUUUUUAUCGUUCCGUGUUGGCGUCGACGCCGGGGCUGGACAACCUGGGGGAGGUGCGGUGGCAGCUGGCGCUCUGUCUGCUCCUCUGCUGGGGCAUCAUCUUCAUGUGUCUGCUCAAGGGCAUCAAGUCCUCGGGCAAGAUAUCAUACAUCAUCGUGACACUACCAUACAUCUUCAUCAUGGUGUUGCUGAUCCGCGGGAUCACAAUGGACGGCAACCUGGACGGCAUCAAGUACUACGUGACGCCACGGUGGGAGUUGCUUGGCAAGCCGGUGGUGUGGGCCGAUGCUGCCACGCAGGUGUUCUUCACGCUGUCCACCUGUUGGGGAGGCUUGUCCACCUUGUCCAGCUAUAACAAGUUUCAUAAUAACAUAUACAGGGACACGAUUCUGGUAGUGUUGGGGGACACCCUGAUGAGUGUCAUGGCAGGGUUUGCUGUGUUUUCUGUCAUAGGCGUGCUGGGAAAAGAACUAAACACAUCUGUAGAAAAUGUUAUUAAAUCAGACGUAGGUUUGACAUUCAUCGUAUAUCCAGCAGCCAUCUUGUAUUUCCCAGCAUCGCCUCUGUGGUCCAUCUUGUUUUUCCUGAUGUUGGUAUUGAUGGGUAUUAGUACCUUGUUCACAUCGGUGGAGACAAUUGUCACUGCCAUCAUAGACGAGCGACUAGAGCAGCUAAAGAAGAAGAGAGUGUUUGUCUUGUCCAUACUGUGUGCAUCAUCCUAUCUACUUGGGCUUCCAUUAACAACACAGGGUGGUGUUCACAUUCUGCAGCUGAUGGACGAGUACCUGGCCGGCUUCCCACACCUCGUCAUCGGGCUCGUCAUGUGCAUCGCCAUCGGCUGGGUGUACGGUGUCAAGCAGUUCUGUAAUGACGUCAGUCACAUGAUCGGGUCAAAGGUCGGCUGGUGGUGGCAGGGCAUGUGGUAUGGAGUCUGCCCAGUCAUCAUUGUUUUUGUGCUGAUCUUCUCCUCGGUGGGCUACACACCUCUAAAGGACAAGUUCAGUGAAGAGAAGUACCCAGACUGGGCAGAGGCGGUGGGCUUCCUCCUGAUCUGUGUCUGUCUGUGUCCCAUCCCGCUGGUGAUGAUAUACAAGAUAGCCUCCGGACAAGGCAGGUUUAUGGAGAGAGUGAGACAAGCCUGCCAGCCCGAGAGUGACUGGGGUCCCGCCCUUGAGAAACACUGGAAAUAUGUGGAGUAUUAUCCUGCUGUCCACACAACUAUGUAUACUGUAGAUUUAGACAACCCUCCGUUGAACACCAUCACAGAUCACAUAGAGUUCACCACAGUUGGCGUCCGUGUCCCGAGUUUGUCCGAGGCUAGCCUUCUGCCUGUAUCCCCCAACCUACCUCACACCAAAAAACCCAUGGACAUGCGUCAGAAAGCCAUUCUCAAUCACGCUUACAGCAAUCCUCAGUGCAAUCUCUCUUCAGGUUCCAUAGAGAAACUCAUAUCCCGUCCAUGCUCUUCAAGUGAGAGUGCUCUCAAUGAUAUUAUCAUUAUGCCGAGACCUAAGAUUAAGGUGGAAAUGAGGGAUGCUGCUGUGCAGACUGACCUCAGUUGCCUGCAGAAACCCCUGAAAAACACAUGCCCAAGUGAAGAAAAUAUUAACUGUAUCUCACCCAAGCGAAAGGCAUGGCAGUUCGGAGCAAAACGUUCAGCGUUCCGGCGACAGCAUUUGUCUUGGCCCGAGAAUGUGGAAGUUACAAUCCCGACGUUACGAUCAGUGUCACUACAGGAGAACAUGGACUUGGUGACAUCUCCCUCACCUCAGCCAUCUGUAGAUGACGAUGAAAACCCAACAUUUCCAGAGGAAUCUCCGAAACGAUCUUGGCAGGAGGAGGAUGGGGAACCAGCUGUUAUAGAAGUGGAGGUGACGCGAUUCUGAGAAACUGAAGAAAUAUGCAUAUCAAUGUGGAUGAAUGGAAAAUGCCAUAAAAUGGAUAUUUUUGCUGUACAAAGUUUUGAUACAUGAAUGAAAUGGAUUAAUGAGUGGUGAUUAAGCUUCGUUUGGUACAAGUUGUCUCCCUUUGUAUCUCCUGUAGUAUUUUAAAAAGAUGCAUUUGAUGACCUGGAUUAUGUAUUCGGUGUGUGUAUGGGAGCAUGAAUCAAGCAGUGGAACCACAUUUUGUUGUUGGUUCAUCUACAAGUAAAUUAUUUUAUUUUUUGUUAGUAUUUGAUAAACACUUUUAAUGAACAUGUAUUGUCUAUAGGCCUCUAUGUUAUGUGGAUAUUUGUUAAUUGUGUAGCAGGGUUGGAGUCAUCCCACAGAUGACAUCCUUACCUUGUCAGCUUGCUGACAGGGUUAACCUCCUUGGUCAUGAGGACAAGGCGUCCGACCUCUGAUCAGAAGGUCCGUGGUUCGAAUCCCAUCACGGGACUCAGAAAUUUUAUGGCCGCUACAAUUGCAACAUGAAAUUGCUUCACAUAUUUUCAAAGCAGUUUUUGCACAGCAUGUACAGUGAUGGGGCCGAUGAUCGGAGCUAUGGUGGGACCCAUGACAACUCAAACAGUCAUGGAUACCAAAUACAUCGGCCUCUCAGUGUGCACACAAUGAUCUAACGUUUGCAUUAUCGGUGGGGUCGCAAUAUACGGUACCAUAAAGUACAAAUCUGCCAAUAUUCUUCAAUAUCUUACAGAUCACAAAUAAUUAGUUGCUUCUCGGUACAGAAGGCACUAUUCUGAGGAUUUCAUAAAUACUCAAAUUUAGCUCUUAACUUAUCCUUUAUAUUUUAUUGGAAUGGUUGGUUCAUUGACUGGGGUGAUGUUACAUGAUUUGCAGAGUUGUGUCCCUUAGUUGUCUAGACAUUCAGUCUUCUGGCGCAAUUAAGUCCAAGAAGCUGACUAUAAUGAUCUGGGGUCUGUCACCACUGCACCCGUGCUUCUCCGAAGUGGUGAUGGAAUAGGACCUGGAUCACUGUGGCUGGCCUCCCACAUUGAUUAGCCACAGGGGGGUGUAUAGGAAAUAGUGUUGAAGGUGAGGUGAGGUGAGGUGAGGUGAGGUGAAAUGUGGUUCAGCAUCAUGGUGGCUAUGUAACAGUGAAUAUUAUCCUACCCAAUUUUUUAUCCCGGGGAUGAAAUCCUCUAGUGUCAGGAUGAUUCUCCCUUGUGAAUUUGAACCCAUACCAGUGUGUUUAAUCCUAUCUUAUGCUAUACUCUAGAGUAAAACUUCCCCAGGAUAAUAUUUAGGUAGGAUAUAAUCUUAGCUUACAGCUACACCCCCUGGCCGCUCAAGUCUGUUCACAUCUCCAGUGAAGAUGGGUCACAGAAAUUACAUGAUGUCCUUUUGGGGAAUAAUCAUUUGAUAUUCUGGAGGGGACCUGGUAUAUUUUUUUAACGUGUUCCAGACGUGUACACUGUAAGGAAAUAAUGUUUCCGCAGGUUUAAAGAAACUUGCUUGAUUUCAUGUAAUUUCUUGUAAUUGAUGCUUCUCCCUUAAUCAGAUAAACAUUUCACACAUCACACUCGCCAACCGUCAGUGAGUGAGUGAGUGAGUGAGUGAGUAUGGUUUUACGCUGAUUUUAGCAAUAUUCCAGCAAUAUCACGGUGGGGGACACUAGAAAUAAGCUUCACAAAUUGUACCCAUGUGGGGAUUCGAACCUAGGUCUCUGGCGUAACGAGGGCAUGUUUUAACCACCAGGCUACCCAACCAUCCUCUUAAUGUGAGAAUGUGGACUUAUUUCUAGUUAAACAAUUAAGAUUAUUUGUUCCUCAAGCUUUAAUUAAACAAAGUUACAAGUUUUUAAUAUUUUUAGAAAUGUAUUCAGUUUGAAAACGCAUUUUCUGAAUGUGAAUGUACCAAUCAUUUUAAACAACUGUUGGUUCUGAUGAUGUAUUGUUAUUUUUUUAAAUAUGAAGUUUCUUUGAUUUUCAUUUUGUUUUCUUAAAACUUUUUCAU